AUGCGCAUGUCGACGCCCCACCUGCCGCUCCCCCCGCCGCUACCAUACUCGCCCGACUCGCAGCCGUUCCUCCGCCACCUCCAGAUCUUGAGCCUGGCCCUGCUGUCCUCGGACGCCGACGAGUCAUGGGGCAUCUACCAGGCGCUACACCCCGACUUGCGAUCGGCUGUCCCGGACGACGUGUUCGUCUCGCUCUUCGGCACUCAGCUCAAGGGAUCAGGAAACAGGCUUCCACAACUGGUCGAGCUGGUCAGCCUUGCGAACUCGUGUGGUAUGGACCCGGUCAAGUUCGGCACCGGCACUCUCGAAUCGGCACUCGUGUACAUGCUAAAAUAUCUGCAAGCUGGGUCACCGUUGCCAGAGGCCGUGUCUCUUCCAGAUGCCCUGACCACCAUCGACUGGCUAUGGGACGGCUUAAUACGAGUAGUGGGCGACCACCGGGUCGGCGACUUGCCGAUCGACCUUCGGAGACGGAUAGUACGGCUCGGGAUCUACCGAUACGAGCAAGACCUGUCAACCAUGGCGCCUGUUCGCCGCUUGCUUGAAUACGUGGUCGACAAUGGCGGGAGCGACGGAAUGCGGAGGACGGCUGAGCGCACCAUCCUGGCAUACACUGGCCGCGACCCCGAAGAGCACAAGGCUGCCCUCCGUCUGUCGGCUUGGUGCCUGGCUCGGGAUAUCAAACUCUCUCCAUCGUGCAUCAGGACGGUCCUCGACAGGCUGCUCGCUUCGUAUGCCAGGGUAGACGAGGACGCGCUGGCCAGGACCUCUGCAGCUGUCGAGGAGCUCGUAGCCGAGCUCCGCCGAGGCCGUGCGGACGAUCCCGCACUCGUUCUCAGCGAGGCGCUCGAGGUCAUUCUCAGGAAGCAACGCUCGCCGCUAAAGAAGGCCACGGACACUGCAGAGGAGCCAGGCGUGACCAUGCCCAAGCUUCACCGCGCUGGGCAGCGCAUCCUUGCCCAGCCCCAUGUUGGUCAGGAAGAGCUCGAGGCCGCGGUUCAACUGUGCAUCCGCUCCUUACCACUCCAACACGCCGAAAACGAAGCGCUCCUCCGCAUUACUGUCGGGCGGCUUGCCGAACCUCCUCUCAACCCUGCAUUGAUCUUACAAUUUACAACGGCGAUUGUCGACUCAUCCCUCAUGAACAACAUCCCAGGACCUCUCCUCCACCGCAUUUUCAACCUCAUUACCAGCAUUGUCCACAAAGACCAACGGGCCUACGGCCUGGCACAGAAGAUCUACCCCUCUGCUCGAGCUACCUCCCCUCCUUACCGAUGGACUCGCGCGACGACGCCGCUGUGGCGAGGGCUGCUUGAAGCCGCUAUGCGCAAACAGCACCUGGCGCUUGCUUCGCGGCUCUACACCGACUUUGUGGCCGACGGGCAACCCGUCUUCCGCCAGUCCGCCCUCGAUUUCAUUCGUGCUGCCGCCGGGGCCCCAAGCAAGUCGCGCUGGAUCUUGCUGGACCGUCACAUCAAGGACUAUCUCUGGUAUCAUCCCACGAUGACGAAUGAUCUCGUGGUGGCUAUCGCCGAGGGGUUGGGUAGCACGGGGGCACAGGAUGCCGACAUUGCCGUGCAGCUCUGUCGAAGGAUCCAGAAGAAGCUCCCAGCCGCCGCCAUCACAGCGCUUGUGGGUCCACUAGCGAGCGGGCUGCCAAAACUCCGUGCUGUUGCCCUUGGGCUACUGGCAGAGGUUCAUCCUGGGCCCGAGUACACCGACGCGUACAACGAUGCCCUCAGCGCCUUUGCUACCAACGUCAAACACGUUGGGCUGGAUCCCAUCCUGCGAGUCUAUCACGACAUGAUCGACAAGGGCCAUAAUCCCACUGCCGCCACUGCUUCGCCCCUUAUUCGGGCCUUGCUGGAUACCGACAGGCUACCUCAGGCCCUUCGGGUGUUCGAGGCUGCUGUCAAGAACAAGUAUGCCGUGCGGUCAGUGGAUGUCGGCCGGCUCAUGGUCCACCUUGCACUUCAAGGUCGGGCGGCGGAGGCACAAGACGUCGAGCGCAGCUGGCGGGCUCUCUUUCCCGAGGGACCAGUGUACAGUCACGGCGUGUACGGCGCUAGCUUGGUCGUCGACAUCAUCUCCGGCCGCCAGCCGGACCUCUCGCUCUUCGCCUCGGAUGCCGAAGGGCGCCAGCUGCUCGAGCAAGGGAUCGCUUACCGGCCGAACAAGCCUUUCUUCCGCUUUCUGGAGAGGCUGCAGCGGGAGUAUGGUGGUACUGGCAAUGCGACAACGGAGGCGGUUGCCGAGGCCGAGGGUCGGGAGAACCUGGCCGAGGCGUCGACGGCGUCGCUCGGGCCACUGCCAAGCAGCAGCAAGGCGCGCGUUUUACCCAUGACGAGUUCGUGGUCUACCGAGAUGGGCGGGGAGGGAGGCUGGCGUCUGGACCGACGGGGCGAGAGCGAGGAGGAGGAGGAGGAGGAGGAGGAGGAGGCUAUCCAUCAUCACCAUCAUACUAGCAUUGUUGGCAGUUAG